AUGCGCAAACAUUAUAUUUGUAUAAGAAGAAGACGAAAACGAAGAAGAAGAAGAAAAUGCAGUGAAGGAGCGCAUCAGUCGAUAGAGCUUCUGGAAGAGUACCAUCUUGCACUCAGCAGACACACAGAUGAGGAGCUCCGGACGACUAUCGAAACACUCAUCACGCGAUUCAAGUCAAACUUGAUGAACACACUUCUCGACAUUCAUGACUUGUACGAACAAACUUUGCUCAACGAUCGAAAAGGAUACGCACAGAAGGUUGCCGAAGUGAAGCGACUGAUUGAACGACUGGAAGCUCAUCCACUUCUUCACAACAGCCGCGCCCCAAUCACAACGACUUCCACAUCCAACUAUAAUCUUUCAAGCACUACUCCACUUGCUUCAGAUCUUAGAGAUCGUGGAGGAUUCUCGUAUCUGAAUGGAGGAGGUCUUGGAUCGGUUGGACUCGGAAACGGAGUUGCUGUCAAUGGACUCUCAUCUUCUCCAUACAACUCAUCUAGCACAUCCUAUCUCCAUGAGCGUCAACGUCAGACUAGCCAUGAUGGAACAUGGAAGGAAGUCACGACUAGAACAGUUGACACACCAAGCGGUCCUGAGCGACGCACUAUUGAGGUUAGCCUUUUAUCUUUACUACACAACGGAGUCAUCGACGAGUAUGGCCGUAAAUGGGAGAUUGAGACAGUUUAUCUGGAGAAAGGUCACACUGGCCUUGGAUUCUCAAUCACUGGAGGUAUCGCCCAGAAUGGCAAUUAUUGCAUAAUCGAAAAUCUGAUUAUAGGUACGGACCAGCCAACAGAAGACGGAGAUACCUCGAUCUAUGUCACCAAUAUUAUUGAAGGAGGUGCCGCACUUGCUGAUGGUCAUAUGAGAAAGAAUGAUAUUAUCACAAAGGUGAACAACAUCAGCUGUGAAAAUGUGAGACACGAAGUAGCUGUCAAUGCACUCAAAAGCUCCGGAAACCUUGUCACUCUUCAUCUCAAGCGUCGUCGCGAUGAUGCUCCAAUCGCCAUCGGAGGAAACUUCGGAGGAUCCACUUCCUAUCUACGCAGUGGAAUUACACCAUCUGUAAGCGCUGGCAACUUACAACAUGCAAUUCACUCUCCAUCAACUCCAUUGCAUCCACCACCACCUCCACCUGUUCAUCACGGAUCAUUGAGCCAAUUAUCCGUCCAACAAUACCGUGUCGUACGACCCAACACGACUGUCAUUGAUUUGAUCAAAGGAGCUCGCGGACUCGGAUUCUCGAUUGCUGGAGGACGCGGAAAUGAGCACGUCAAGGGAGAUACUGAUAUAUAUGUGACCAAAGUGAUCCCAGACGGAGCUGCUGACACUGACGGGAGACUCAGAGAAGGAGAUAAGAUUCUGGAAGUCGAUCAUCACUCAUUGAUCGAUGUCACUCACGAUUACGCAGUUGAUGUUCUCAAAAACACUGGAAAUCGUGUUCGUCUAGUUGUCGAGAAGGGCAACGGUCCAGUUUAUGUCUCUCAAACCCCAAUUCUUAGACCGAGCUCCGUUCAAGACUACAAUCGCUCGAUGGGAUCUCAAAGCCACAUCUCCUCUGGAGCACCAGUGAACACCAGCUACAGCUCCCAGACUCCAGUUGGAAUUCCUGUUGAGCCACGUCCAGUUCAACUUGUCAAGGGACAGAACGGACUUGGAUUCAACAUUGUUGGUGGAGAAGAUAACGAGCCAAUUUAUAUCAGUUUUGUUCUCCCUGGAGGCGUUGCCGAUCUCAGUGGAAACGUCAAGACCGGAGAUGUUCUUCUAGAAGUCAAUGGUGUUGACUUGAGAAGUGCUACGCAUAAGGAAGCAGCUGAGGCUUUGAGAAACGUCGGAAAUCCAGUGUUCCUUACCCUUCAGUACAGACCAAGUGAAUAUCAAAUCUUCGAGUCCAAAAUUGAGAAGCUGAGAAACGACGUCAUCUCUCAGUCCAGAAUGGGAACAUUAAAUAGAAAAUCGGAAUACGUCAGAGCCCUCUUCGAUUUCGAUCCAUCUCGUGAAAACUCGGUCCCACCACACAGAACCAUGGGUUUCAACUAUGGAGACAUCCUCCACAUUAUCAACUCGUCUGAUGAUGAGUGGUGGACCGCCAGAAAGGUUUUGGAGAACGGAGAGGAGACGACAGAGCAAGUGAUUCCAUCCAGAAAGCGUGUCGAGAAACGAGAACGACUUCGUAGAAAGCAAGUGAACUUCAACUCAGGAUCUCAAUCCCUUGGAAGAAACUCAAGCAGCACCGGAUUGGAGCAUCGUCGUGGAAGCCGUAGUCAGUUGUCUUUCUCGAGAAAGUUCCCAUUCGUCAAGAGUACCGACAGACUCAACGAUCUGGCUGAAGAGACCGCCAACGUUGCCGAGGAGCCAGUGUUCUCUUAUCAAACUGUUGAUAGAGAGAACAUCAACUACGUCCGCCCAGUCAUCAUUCUCGGAGCUCUCAAGGACAGAAUCAACGAUGAGCUUGUCAACCGUGACCCUGCCAGAUUUAGCAGCUGUGUUCCACAUACCUCUCGCCAACCACGUGAAGGAGAGUUGAACGGACGUGACUACUAUUUCGUAAACAAGCACAUCAUGGAGGAAGAUGUCAAGAACAACCUGUUCAUUGAAGCUGGACAAUUCCAGAACAAUCUCUACGGAACCAGCAUUCAGAGUGUCCGUGAUGUUGCUAGUCAAGGAAGGCAUUGUAUCCUAGACGUCAGUGGAAACGCUAUCCGCCGACUCCAGACCAACGCUAACAUUCAACCAAUCUCCAUUUUCGUCAAGCUUGCAUCUCCAAAGCAGAUCAUGGAUUUGGACAACCAACUUGCCUCUAACAGACAAGAAGACCGUGCAAUGAGUGAGGACGAGGCUCAAGCUCAAUAUGCCAGAUGCCAGCGAAUCGAGCAAAGUUUCGGAGACUUGUUCACUCGUAAGUUGCAAGCUAGGAAUUGCUGGUUCUUAAUGUUGCCUUUUUCAGAUGAAAUCUCCAAUGUGCACAGCGCCAAUGAUGUGCUCGCCAGAGUGUACGCCCUUAUCAGCAAGGAAUCCACAAAUCCAAUCUGGGUGCCACGUCACUAG